AAUCAACAUCGUUUACGUUUAUGUACUGUGGGUGGAAUUUUUAGAUGGCCCUUAAAGCAGGCGAAUAUUGAAAGUGAAAUUAACUUUACCACGCUUUGCUUCUCGCCUUCCUGCACUGCAGUUAGAAGUGAUGCAUGGCGGAAGAGCUGAACAGAGAAGAAACAAGGAAGCAUCAGAGAGAAUUCAGUUAGAGAGUUAUGAAACAGUCCUAAAAUGGAUGGAUAUUUUACAUGAGGGUAAACAAGUAUCUAAUCUCUGAAAGAUCUGAAAAUCACUUGGAACCACAUCAUCCAACAACAUAAGUUACCAGUACUAAUUUAAUUGUAUAAUGUGGUUUAAUGUUUAAACCAUGGACAGAGCGGAACGGAUACAAGAUGGUGACUUGUCUUCGAGUGGCAGCAAAUGGCAAAUGUUCGUAUCGCCAGCACCCAGCAAUUUAAGAUCAGGUUCAGUUUCUUCAGUAUCCAGCCACCUGUCUAUGAAAAGCAAUUGGUCUAAAUAUCAUCCUCUGAACAUCAAAGAUGAAGGAUUUUCAUCUGAACAUGAUUACAAUUUAAGACCAGGAUCAGUUUCUUCAGUAUCCAGCGACUGCUCUAUGAAAAGCAACUCCUCUAAAGAUCAUCCUCUGAACUUCAAAGAUGGCAAAAUGCAACCUAGCCGCAGUAAAAUGGCAGAAGGCAGAAUUUCAGUGGAUCAGAAUCUGUUCCUGUGUCCAGUGUGUCUGGAUCUCCUGAAGGAUCCAGUGGCCAUUCCCUGUGGACACAGUUACUGUAAGAUCUGUAUUACAGGCUGCUGGGAUCAGGAGGAUCAGAUGAGAGACUACAGCUGCCCUCAGUGCAGACAGACCUUCAGUCCAAGACCUGCUUUAGCUAAAAACACCAUUCUGGCUGAAGUGGUGGAGAAACUGAAGACUAACCUUCCUGCUGACUGUUACGCUGGAGCUGGAGAUGUGCAGUGUGACGUCUGUACUGGAAGAAAACACAAAGCCGUCAAGUCCUGUCUGGUGUGUCUGAACUCUUACUGUCAGAAUCACCUUGAACAACAUGAGAGUUUGUUUAAAGAAAAGAGACACAAUCUGACUGAAGCCACUGGACGACUGCAGGAGAUGAUCUGCCAGAAACACGACAAGAUCCUUGAGGUUUUCUGCCGCACUGAUCAGAAGUGUAUAUGUGUGCUGUGUAUGAUGGAUGAACAUAAAAACCACAUUACUGUAUCAGCUGCAGCACAGAGGACAGAGAAACAGAACCAGCUGAAGGAGACGCAUAGGUUGUUCCAGCAGAGAAAGAAAGAUCUUCAGCAGCUGAGAGAGGCUGUGGAGUCUCAUAAGCGCUCUGCACAGACAGCAGUGGAGGACAGUGAGAGGAUCUUCACUGAGCUCAUCCGCUGCAUUAAGAAAUGCCGCUCUGAGGCCACACAGCGGAUCAGAGAUCAGGAAAAGACUGCAGUGAGUCGAGCUGAAGGACGACUGGAGCGUCUGGAGCAGGAGAUCAAUGAUCUGAGGAGGAGAGACGCUGAGCUGGAGCAGCUUUCACACACACAGGAUCACAUCCAUUUCCUGCAGAGUUUCCAGUCUCUCUCAGCUCCUCCUGAAUCUACAGACGUAAAUGAUGAUCCCUUCAGUUCUCUCUCCUCUUUUGAUAUUUUGAGAGAAUCUGUCCUUCAGCUGAAAGACAAACUGGAGGAUUUCUGCAAAGAGGAGCUGAAGAAGAUCUCUGACAGAGUCACUUUCACCAACAUUGUUCCCAGAACCAGGAAGGACUUCCUACAAUAUUCCCAUCAGUUCACUUUGGAUCCAAACACAGUGAAUAAACGCCUCCAUCUGUCUGAGAGGAACAGAGUGAUUACUGGAACUCAAACAGAUCAGCCGUAUCCUGAUCAUCCAGACAGAUUUGAUCUAUAUCCUCAGGUGUUGUGUAGAGAGAGUGUGUGUGAUCGACGCUGUUACUGGGAGAUUGAGUGGAGUGGGAAUGAAGUGCGUAUAUCAGUGUCAUAUAAGAGCAUCAGGAGGAAAGGACGUGGUAAUGAGUGUGUGUUUGGAUCUAAUGAUCAGUCCUGGAGUUUGUUCUGCUCUUGCUUCAGUUCCUCAUUCAGACACAAUAACAUAAAGACUGAACUCCCUGUAAAGUCCAUCAGCAGGAGAAUAGGAGUGUAUGUGGAUCACAGUGCAGGAACUCUGUCCUUCUACAGCGUCUCUGGAGACACAAUGAGCCUCAUCCACACAGUCCAGACCACAUUCACUCAACCGCUCUAUCCUGGGUUUAUGGUUUAUUAUACUGGAUCAUCAGUGAAACUGUGUUGAUUUAGAACUUCAGUCACUGAAAUGUUAGCAUGAAGGUGUGUAUUAAAUCCUCAUAUAGAAAGUAAGAUCUAACAGAAGUGCUGAUGCACCACCGAUGCCUGUGAGAUAUUUAUCUGGACCUUUCUGCAACUCAAGAGUCAUGCAGUGUGAAAUGUGUUUUGACUAGAAAUUACAUCUGUGAUGACCUAAAGCCAAUGAUAGAGCAAGAUACAGGGAAAGAGAUAGUUCAGAGGGAGUCAGAGAUCUGCAACAGAAAGCAUGACUUCUGCAAGCAACCAUCCUCUCCUUCAUAUUAGUAUUUUCUUUUUGUUGCAAAUCUGCGCACAGAAAACUUGGAUCACAAGAUUCUUGCAUGGAUCAUUUUAGCAAGAAGAAAUUCAGUCUCACGCAUGAACUCAUGUUAUUUCCUGUAUUAAUUCUCACAUGUUUGGUUAUGAAACUUAAUUUUCCAGACAGUUGUUGGUGAUUCUUCCUAUUCAAAUGUUGUGUAAUGUGUGCAUAACAGACACUAACUGACCCCAGACAGUCGUGUGUUGUGAGAAGAACAGUGAUCCAACGACUCUGCCCAGCCAGCAAUGACAUGUGGGGCCCAGAUGAGGGCUUCAUGGGCGGCAAAUGUGGGGCCCAUUAUGGGCUUGCACCCGGGAUCCACAUUGGGGCAAGCCGUGGAAGCCCAGACAUACUAAAAGUGGGACCUGUAAGGGUACUGCAUGGGUCUUAAUUGGGCAAUUCAUGUCAGACCCAUUUGGGCCCCACCUGCCCAAAGGGGUCCAAAGUGGGCUUUGCAACAUGGCUACACAGAUGGGCUUUAAAUGGUAUCUGUAAGAGUCUUAUGUGGGUCCUAACUGGGCAAUUCAUGCCAAACCCAUUUGGGCCCCACCUGCCCAAAGGGGUUUAAAGUGGGUUUGCAACCGGGAUCCACAUGGGGGCCAGCCGUGGAUGCCCA